CUAUAAGGAUUGGUUAACUUCAAGUUUGCACAUUUCACAUUAAAAUAUGCAAACAGCCGAGAACACACCUCAUCUGUAGGAAGGCGACAAGGACAAAUGAAACUCUGUUGAGAUUCACCAUAAGCCAACUCAUGCAUGCGCCAUGUUAGAUUACGGAGACCCUGCAUUUGCUGACCAUUGGACCAAAUUCACCAUGUUAGUCUCACUUCUGUUGACAUUGCUUUUAACUUUACUGAAAAAGGCAAAGCUGUACUUGACAAUAACCAAUAAUUUCGGCCAUUGUUUUUCCUUACCUUCUUCCAAAACCACUCCAUGGUGUAUAAAAUGAGUCCUUAGGUUCCUGGCAGCCUCACCAACCUGGAGCAGGGGUAUGCACGCACCUCAUAUACUAAGGAAAGAGGAAGGAGAGAGAAGAGGACUGGACCGGAAACCCUAAUGAAGAUAGUUUCCAUUCUUAUAACUCUCUAACUGCAAAGUGUGUUGCAAAUACUCGCCUUUGACCCACCCUGCUUCUUUUACCAGUAUCAUCUCUUUCCAUCCAAAUUUAAUAGAGCAGAGAGAUGCUUAAUAGAGUAGAUAUCACCAAGGCUUUGCUGAGACCAAUGCUGUGGCUGUUGACGUUAAAAACAUGUCACAGUGUGUUGAUUCACGCCUCCGGGUUGACUUUGGCUUCUUAUGAAUUCUCUUGACCCCUGGUAUGGUUUGUUCUCCUUAAAGACCCCAGGAGAACUUGUUGGGGAGUCCCUCCUUAGGCUGGGGAUCACAAAUUUAAUCCUGGAAGAAAACCGAGGUUCAACCUCCUUCUUUUCCACUUGGUGACACUGAGAUGAGAGUUAAGCAAUCCCAACAUAGGGUCAGACUUUCCAGCCUGGAAAUCUCCAAUGAGAAAGGAAAGAAAGAUUCAUUGAAGCUCCUGGGUGAAACAGAAUCUUGGAGCAAGGAAAUGGAAAACUCUGGACGAUGCAAAUCUCUAAUGAAUGGAAACUCUAGCUGGAAGAAAAAGUUUAAACUUCCCUGAUUUCUGUAGCCAGCUGAGAUUCUCAUGAAGAGGUUAGGAAAAUGCUAGAAAAUAUGUGUCUUGAGCUCAUUAGAGCAUCAAUCUAGAGCUAGAAAAGACCUUGAUAGCCUCUUUUAUUUUACAAAAUGGGAAAUUGAGGCACAAGAGAGGAUCUAAGGGACUGGCACCAGCUCACCUGCCUCCCCUCACCCAAUUCCCUUAUUGUGGUCUUUCAAGCCAGAAAGGGGCCCCUAGAGGCCAUUUAGUUAAACCCUUUUAUUUUACAGAGAAAGAAACUGAGGCACAUAGAAAUAAAGAUCAUUUAGAUGGCCUAGCUGGGAUUCAAACCCAGUCCCUCCAGAGUUUUCUGCAAUUACUCCUUUUGACUGGUUUAGGAGCCUUUGACCCCCAUUCUCAGGGACCUUACAGUUUCCAAACCCAAAGGAGAAAGAAAAAAAAAAAACAUCCUUUAAGUGAGCUUGUUUGAUUUUCCAGGAUAAAAUUAUUCUAAAACAUCCCAGGAUUUGGAGAGUGGUAAUAAAGCUUCCCUUCUUUUCUGGAACAACUAUUCUGUACCCUGAAGAAAAGGGCUUUUUCCGCAGAAGUAUUCAGAAGAACAUGAUUUACACUUGCCACCGAGAUAAGAACUGUGUGAUUAACAAAGUCACCAGGAACCGCUGCCAGUACUGCCGACUCCAGAAAUGCUUUGAAGUGGGGAUGUCCAAAGAAUCUGUCAGAAAUGAUAAGAAUAAAAAGAAGAAAGAACCUUCAAAGCAGGAAUUCACAGAAAGCUAUGAAAUGACAGCAGAAUUGGAUGAUCUCACUGAAAAGAUCCGGAAAGCUCAUCAGGAAACCUUCCCAUCUCUCUGCCAGCUGGGAAAAUAUACCACGAAUUCCAGCGCUGAUCAUCGGGUGCGCCUGGACCUGGGCCUCUGGGACAAGUUCAGUGAGCUGGCCACAAAGUGCAUUAUUAAAAUUGUGGAGUUUGCGAAAAGGCUGCCUGGCUUCACCAGUUUGACCAUCGCGGAUCAGAUCACCCUCCUGAAGGCAGCCUGCCUGGACAUCUUGAUUCUUAGAAUCUGCACAAGAUACACCCCCGAACAAGACACGAUGACUUUCUCCGACGGCCUUACCCUGAACCGAACCCAGAUGCACAAUGCCGGCUUUGGACCCCUCACCGAUCUGGUGUUCACCUUUGCCAAUCAGCUCCUGCCUUUGGAAAUGGAUGAUACAGAAACAGGCCUUCUUAGUGCCAUCUGCUUAAUCUGUGGAGACCGUCAGGACCUUGAAGAACCAACAAAAGUGGAUAAGCUACAAGAACCAUUGCUGGAAGCCCUGAAGAUUUACAUCAGAAAGAGACGCCCCAACAAGCCUCACAUGUUUCCAAAGAUCCUUAUGAAAAUCACAGAUCUCCGCAGCAUUAGUGCAAAAGGUGCAGAACGUGUGAUUACAUUGAAGAUGGAAAUCCCCGGCUCAAUGCCCCCCCUCAUUCAGGAAAUGCUGGAGAAUUCCGAAGGACAUGAACCCCUGACCCCAAGCUCCAGUGGCAAUACAGCAGAGCACAGUCCUAGCAUCUCACCCAGCUCCGUGGAGAACAGUGGGGUCGGCCAGUCCCCACUGGUGCAAUAAGACAUUUUUCAGUCACUUCUGACAUUCCCCCUACCUUCUGUUCCCGGAUUUAAAAAGCAAGAAAAAAAAUUUUUUUUUUUACUGCUGCUUAGUUUUGGGACUGAAAAGAUAUAUUAAAAUUCAAGAAGGACCAAGAAGUUUUCAUAUGUACCAAUAUAUAAAUAUAUAUAUAUACACAUAUAUAUACUCCUCACUGUUUGAUUCCUAACUAGAAAUACAGACUUAAAAAUUUUUAAAUCAGCCAUUUCAUGCAACCAGAAAUUAGUUAACGGCUUCUGUUUUCUCUUCUCAACACUCAAGAUUGCAUGACAAGCCCAAUUCCACCUGAUUGAAACCCCGGCUAGAGUUUGAAGGACUUUGUCCAUACAGACGGGUGGCUCCGCUCUUUCUCACCUGGAUGUUUGGUGCUUCCCUGGUCUUGCAAACCCCACAUAACCACGACACGGAGGUUGUGAAAAAAUGAGGCGACUGGACACGCCCAGUUAAGAAGGACUAAAGAGACGCGGUCUGGCACUUGCAGACCGCUCCAGACCCCCCGGGUAUCAGAGUAGCCUGGAACGUACAUCCAGGGAAGAGAGGUCGAGAAGGUUUCGGGUGGAGUUUGUAUGGAAACUUGUCCUUGCUCUCUUUUCAAUGUCUCAAACUGCAUCUUGGAAUCCGUGUUGCCGCCCUCUACCCCCCCCCCCCCGACAACGGCGCCGCCCCAGCAGAACGGACUUGUGUGUCAGCGUCACUGCCAUUGUCCCACUGUUCGUGUCACUUUAAAUGAGAAGUGGUUUCUUACUUGUUUGCCGACAGAAGGACACCACUGAGGGAGAAGAGGGUCUCUGUCUUCACAGGAAAGAGCCUACGAGGCAGAAACGCUCUUCAGUGUUGGGGUAUCUUUGUUUACCUGUUCACAAGCCUUUAGGGAAAGUCACUGGACAACAAGUAGGCUGGCCAACCACCUCUCCUUUGUGAGUCAUGCCAGGGGUGGGGAUUUUCCAACCUCCUUGAUGUGAAGGAGCCAUCACAAAUUCCCAAAGGCCCGGGCAGAGAAUCUGUCUCUUUUGGCUGUGAUCGAGUGGUUAACAGAAAAAAGGGUCAGUUUCUUAGGUCUCAUUUAAGCACUAGUGGAUUUUUUUCCCCCAAUAUUUUAGGAAGUCUGUGACGUACCUUCACUGGCUCUGUUUGUACAUUGAGAUUGUUUAACAAUGCUUUCUAUGUUCAUAUAAACUGUUUACCUUUUUCCAUGGAGUCUCCUGGCAAAGAAUAAAAUAUAUUUAUUUUAAA